AUGACCAAUGUACGUACACUACGAGAUAUCAAUAAAGGCUAUCGACUUGGUGGUAUGCGUGAGCAAGAGCUAGAAAAAAAGUUAUAUACCGCUCUCGAAUCUAAGACCGAAGUUAAUGACCUUAGCGAGAAAUUACAAGAUAAAUAUUCUAAGCAAGUGAAAGAUUUUGAUCAGGAGAGAAAGGGGUGGAAUCGAGAAAGAAAGCAAUGGGAAAGCGCAUUUAGUAAUGUUACUAGUGAUAAACAGAAGUUACAUACCCACACUUUAGAACUUAUUGGUGAGACUAAGCGGUUGAAAAUUGAAAAUAAUAAUCUCACCUCCGAGAAUAUUCGUAAAGAUCUUUCUCUUGCUGAAUCUAAGGCUGAGAAUAUUACAAAAUCCAAGAAAAUCAAAUCACUCGAGUCUAUGAUCAAGAUAUUGGAAGGUAAGUUGUCUUCGGCCCAGAAAGAUGUGAUUUCGAUUCAAAAUGACUUAUCGAAAAACGAAUCUGAGAAUUUAUCUCUCAAAUCUAAAAUAGCUGGAUUAGAAAAUAUAAAGAGCGAAUUAAAAUCGAAGGUCAAUGAGCUUGAGUGUCUGAAAUCGGAGGCUAUAUCGAAACCCAUAGUUGGUGGGAAUGACGAGGGGCAAAGCCUCAUUGUUCCCACAAUAAAAAAUAUUACUAAGUCUGAUAAUAUAUCUUUGGGUAGUACUGAUCUCAGUAAAUAUUUUAUAUGUGGAAAAAAUAUGGAUCCAAUAGAAAAAAUCGAUGGUAACGAGGUUAACCCCAAGGUAAAGGAUGGAACUAGCAUUAGUGAAAUUAACAAGGAUGAUGUACUAGAUAUAUCGAUAAAACCCAAUGCAUCAGAGGCUAUGCCUCAAAAUGUGACUCCGCACCUUAUACAACCGGAUAAUAAUAGCGGAGCUAGUGCUAAAGCACAUAUGUCCUCUUUGAUUGAAUCGAAUUCUCAGAUGAGACCUGGUCCCGAGGCUUUGCCUCUUCCGAUAAGAGGAAUAGGAGCGAUCCCUGUUAUGACAAGCACUUAUGUGGUUCGUGGUAUUGAGACGCACAUGGAGGUUAGGGAGGAAAAGCAAGCAGUUGCAGAAUAUAUGGGUUGG